CGUACAGCUCUUUAAUGUGGGUGAGGCGAAUGUUGGAGCUAUAUGUUAGUUUUUGUUAGAAAAUAUAAGUAAUGAAUUUGAGAAAAUGUUGUGGCAGAUAUUUAUCUUGAGGACUUUAAAUAUAAUCGCAGAACAUAGCAAUGUCUGAUCUUACAGAAUUCACUGUUGAUCCCGAAGACGGGGAUACGAGACUUCAUCGUGCUGCUUUUCGCGGUGAUGUGGAACAAUUGCGUGAGUACUUGGAAGAUAAUACACUUGUUUUUGAAAUAAAUAGGCGAGUGAGACCGUAUGGAGCAACUCCUUUAAGGCUUUCGUCAACAAGUGGUCAUCUUGUUUGUCUUCAAUAUCUUCUACAACAUGGUGCUAAUGUAGACCUAGCUGACAUUAAAGCCCAAACACCACUUUUUGUUGCUAUUAAAAGAAAACAUCUGAAGUGUGCACAAGUUCUCUUGGAAGCUGGAGCAGAUCCUAAUGGUGAUGCUGGAAAUAGAUGUACUCCAUUGUAUAUUGCUGCACAAGAUGGAUUUCUUGAUGGUGUUAAGCUUCUUCUGAGAUUUGGUGCUGACACAGAACUAGAAGAUCGGCUUUUGGGUUACGUACCAGGUUUACCUCUACACACUGCUGCUGUUUACCAUCAUUUUGCCUGCUUUGCUACUCUUUUGCUAGCUGGAGCAGAACCUGAUUUGCAAAAAAUUAAACCAAAACUGCCUGUAUCAGUCAUUGCACAGUUAUCUUUAUGUCAUGCAAUAGUUCGCCACCAUUGCCCUGAACCUUUUGCUCAGCUGUUGACUGAAUGUGGAGGCAACAUUUGGCAACGAGACAGUAGAGGGUAUCUUGCCACAGAACUAAAUCAAAAUGAAGGAGCAAGGUUGUUCUUGGAAAAACAGCUUGCACAAAUGCCUAGAUCUUUAAAGUCAUUGUGUCGAAUGGCAGUGAGACGCCUUUUAGGAAGGCAACAAAUUCAUAACAUAAGGGACUUGCCAUUACCAUCAUUGCUAAAAGACUAUUUGGAAUUCAGAGAGUUGCUACCAGAAGUUGAUACUUUAUUAAUAUAUGACUCUACCAGGAAUGAAAUAUAACUGUGAUAUGCAUUAUAUAUAUAUAUAUAUAUAUGUCUUAUUUAUGAUUAUUGAUCUGUAUACAUAACGUGAAUCUUUUAAAUAUCCUACAAGCAAAAAUAUUUUUAUUCAUUUUGAAUGCUACAAUAUUCAGCAACCAUUUGAAAUUUUAGGUACUUGUUACCUUUACUCAGAAUAAGAAUUGAGCAUUGACUACUUUGUAAUAGAAGGUAUUUAAAUUUUGGAACAAUAUUUGAAAGAUUCGCUUCAUAUGUUUCUGCAUUUUUAUGUAUUUAUUUAUGUAUAAAUAUAAAUGUUUGUAUAUGUGUGUAUAUAUAUGUAUACAUAUACAAAUUUGCAUAGAAACAAUAGCAAUAGGAGAUUAGUAGGCAUUUGAUUUUGUGUUAUUCACUGGCAUUAUUGAAUCACAUGAUUUAAAACACUUAUCUUGAAAUUUUAUUAGUUUAGUACUAGUCUACAGUCACAGUAAACCGAAUUCAAUCCUUAACCCAAUAACCUUCAAAUUCAUUAAAUUAGAUAACGUACAUUCACAUGUAUGUACAUGUAAAUUCUUUUGUAUUUGCUACAUUCUUCUUCUGCUAAAAAAGGACAUUGUUUAAUGUUAUAUAUACUAACUGAAAAAAAAGAUACUGUGCAGGUCUCAAAAUGGAAUAAAUUCAUAUACAUUAGGUUUAGUGUUAUGAUAUAUAAAAAAUCAGAAAACAGAAUAUUUCGUUGAACAUAUCAGGUAGUACUCGACACGCCUGCCUGAUCUCCUGAUCGGAAUUUAGGUCGUGUGACCUAGGAGGGU